AUGCCCGACUUUUACCCUGCUCUUCGUAAUCGCCGCAACAACGAGCUCGCCCGUCUGGCGGAGGAGCAUCUGCAGCAUGACCUGCGCUCUGAAGACCGCGACGCUCUCACCACGGCCACACAAAAGGUCGCCUGGUGGACGACAAUUGGCUCAGCCGUUGGUCUCGGUCUCGGACUCUAUGCUGCUUUCCGUCUAAGAAGUUCACGCAAGGCCUUCUUCGAGGUCUUUCGCGCCCGCGAAAAGCCUACCCACGUUGUCUUUGCCGGCGGACGUUCUGAGCCUAUCCCAGAUAUCACCCCCCUGCUGAAACCCACCACCCUGGGUGAUUUCACCACCUAUUUCUUUGCUAGCGCGGGAGGGUUCUUCUUAGGCGGCGAACUUGGUUUUUUGGGAGGAGCUUGGAGUGGAAGUCGCUGCAUCACGGCGGAUCCCGAUCGAAGGCAGAGAAUCGAGACGGCCUUCCGAAAAUUCCGGGCGGAGGUACUGCGCAAGGAGGCGGACGAACUUGAUCGAGGGCUAGAUGUAUCCGAUCAGAUGUUUUGA